AUGGAGUCUGUCGAGUGGCCCCCGAAUAUCAUUACUGGUCCCUUAGACCUUCACCAGAAUUAUCAGUCGCCUCUACUCACUGUGCCUCCAGAGAUCCUUUCCAACAUAUUCAUCUUUCUGAUCGACAUAGCCCCUCUAUCCAAAAGAAGUCGAUCCUACUGGGACAUUGGUCGCGUGAAACAAACCUCGAGUUCGAAUGGCUGGCUGGGAUGGAUCGUCAUCACUCACGUCUGCCGUUACUGGCGUCAAGUAGCCAUCGAGACUCCUGCCUUGUGGACACAGAUUUCGUUCGUCAUCGGACGGCAGUGGAUGCUCGAGAUGAUGAGAAGGGCGAAGCAGGCUCCGGUCACCAUCAGAUAUCCAGGAGGUUCUAAUGUGCCCGAUGUUGAUCUCAUCCAAUAUGUUCGCGACAAUAUCUCCCACAUUCGAACACUCGACAUGUCAUUUGGCUUGGACGAGGGAAUGGACCCACCUCUCUCAUCGUGCACAUCGUGCACUCGUCGCCCGGCCUCGAUUCUUACCCAUCUUCGCUUGUUGUCGUAUUCGUUCCAAGGCAUCGCUACUCCUGUCGACCUGUUUGCGCUCGAAGCACCUCAGCUGCGUUCGAUUGACCUACAGGGUAACUUUCGAAUUGAUUGGUCGAGAGGUGCUUUAGGUUCAGGAUUCAGUGGUCUUCAAGAAUUGCACGUGACCCUGAAGGAAUUUGACCCCGCCCCCUUCAGCCUUCUUCCGCCUCACGUUCGGGACAUGUUGCCAUCCUUGAACCAGCUUCUCGACGUACUGGAACGUUUGCCGCAUCUUAAAAGACUGCGUCUCAGCCACGCAAUCCCUGCAGUACAGUCUUACGACCUCACCCAGCAUAUCGGCGCUCGUACCGUCCACCUCCAUCAUCUCUCAGACCUAUUUCUUAGCGGAGGCGUCAUCGAAUGUAUCUCUCUCCUUCGUUCUCUUCAAUAUCCCGUCACGACAGAAUUGGGCAUGUCCUGUGGCGGUAGCAUGUCCGAUCUGCCACUCAUCUACCCCGUGCUUGCGGCCCAUGUUGCAAGGUACGACGAGGCUCAUGGGACACGGUCUCGAGAGAAGAAGUUAGACCUGUCCAUAUCGUAUGGCUUCCCCCACAUCGCCUUGACUCCUUGUGAUUACCGCUAUUCGUCACUGUGCAGCGUCAAUUUCCCCACCGUCACAGCGCACGUCACGACGCGACAGUACGAAAUUUUCAAGGCCUUCAUGGCCUCCAUCGACGUCGCGGACGUUGUAACGCUCAACGUGACGAAACUGAAUUGUCUGAGGGGUCCCGAGGAUUGGGUUGGCCUUUUUGCGAGGGUAUCUAAUGUCCGGACCAUCAAUUUCGAGACUGCGAAACCUAAGCAUUUUGCUGGCGCGCUCCUCUCGAUGUUGCUUUCCGGACAGUCGAUGGCGGACAAUGCACCAACGACUACUACCACUGCCGAUGCCACCGCGCAACCCUCCUCGACGCCCCCAGUGACAUGCCUCUUCCCUUCCCUCACCUGCCUUUCCUUCGCGCGUAUCAACUUCUUCCGACACGAACAGGAAGGCCACGAGUUCCUCGUGGACCUAGUGCGGACCCUCGGGUUUUGCCAGCAAUUCGGAAUGUAUUCAGUCCUGGAGGAAGUUUACUUUGAGGAUUGUACGUUGACGAGAGUGGAGGUGGAUGCAUUUCGAGGCGUGGCGAAUAAGGUGGAGUGGUGGAGGGACGACGAGAGGUAUGAGGGUCUUAGUGAAGAUGAGGAUUCAGGCGAUACGGACGACCCUUGUUUCCUGAUUGCUGAAGAUGAGAGUAUACCACGAAAGAAGGGGGACGAACAGCAACAACCCAAAAGUUUUGGAUAUGAAACAGACGUCGAAGCUCGAGCGUGCAAAGGGAUUAAAAGAACGAGCUCUACUGCCCAAUUUUGUAUGAAGGUACCCCCGCAAGUAUGA